AGAGCUAUAGAUGAUGUGCGCUAUGGAGAGGUCCGGUAGAUCUGCACUGGUGCUGGCUGUGCUUGUAAUGCUGCUCUCAUGCAGUCCAGCAGAAGCGUGGUACAAACAGGCCACCGGACCCAGCUACUACUCUGUGGGCAGAGCCUCGGGUCUGCUGUCCGGCAUCCGGAGGUCACCGUAUGUCCGCAGGUCCGAGACGGAGUCGGUGCUGGACGGAGGAGAGAGCACAUCAAACAAUGUGAUGCCCGAGUUCAGCCCCCGACACACGCCUGUCCUGAAAAACAUGGCUAUCUGUAUCAAAGACAUCUCUCCAAAUCUGCAGAGCUGUGAGCCCAUGCAGGACGGUUGGAACACGUUUCGGUGCAGAGCAGACGUCCUGAUAGCGCUCGACUCACUCGACUGCCUGUCGGCGUGAAAUUUCUCAUAUUCAAAAUACAUUCUUUAACAUGAACCCGCCUUUAAUGACGCACCAAACUAGAACAUGUCCAAAAAACGUGCAGUAUUAAACAGAACAAUGUGUAAAAAGCCAGAUCAGACAGACUUUCUGGUUGGGAGAAACUAAGGAUGGCUGUGUCCCAAACUGUAAUUCUUUCUACUAAGUGAGCUAAUAGAGUAGGUCAGUACUUUUUUGGUGGCUGUACAGCACCAGCAAUCUGGGUUUGAUACCCAGAAGUACUCUAACAAUGCACCAGCUUUGAAUGUGUGAAAAUGAGGCCAGGAUAAGAAAACAAUGAUGAUAAAAGUCAGUUAUUUUAAGAAUUUAGUACUGCUGUUUAGGACACAGUCCAUUUCUGUUUCUGACCCACAGAUAUGUACUUAUUUUCCACCAUGUAAAAAAGAGCAGCUUUACAACACAAAAAUGUGACAAAAAUGGAUUAAACCCCAAGUGUUGAAAGCAUUUUGUGAGGAAAACAAACGUGUCAUUUCUGUAGCCAAAUGUAUGAAUUGUUUAUUAACUUGUUUAAUAAAUGUUUAAAGUUAUUUUAUUUAUUAAACUCUCGA